GCGGCGACGCCAACUGACGGGGUGCGGGCGGCUGGCGCGGCGGCGGCCGGUGGUGUUGCAGCGCGUGCAGUAACGUCAGUGACGCAGUGACGCGGUAACUCGGUGACCCUGUGAACGGCCGCGCCAUGCGCCCGUAAGUGGGCGGCCGCCCAACGGCAUGACGUCCCGCUGGGUGGUCAUAGCGUUCCUCAGUUUGCUGCUCAGAAAGAGUGACGUCAACUGUGGUACCAGCGUGGAGAGACUCGUAAACGUGACGCAGACAAUAUACCGGCUGCUCGAGGGCUACGACAUUCGCCUGCGGCCCAACUUCGGAGGGGAUCCUCUUUACGUUGGAAUGGAUCUGACAAUCGCUAGCUUUGACUCAAUCUCAGAAGUGAACAUGGACUACACCAUCACCAUGUACCUGAACCAGUACUGGAAGGACGAGCGGCUCGCCUUCAGUAGCGGCCAUGACAUCCUGACGCUGUCCGGCGACUUUGCCGAGAAGAUCUGGGUGCCCGACACGUACUUCGACAAUGACAAGAACAGCUUUCUGCAUGACGUCACUGAGAAGAACAAGAUGGUGCGUUUGCACGGUGACGGCAGCAUUACGUACGGCAUGCGCUUCACCACGACGCUGGCGUGCAUGAUGGACCUGCGCUACUACCCGCUCGACAGCCAGAACUGCACCGUCGAGAUCGAGAGCUACGGUUACACGGUGAAGGACGUGGUCAUGUACUGGAAGGAGACGCCUGUGGUCGGUGUGGAGGAAGCCAAGCUGCCCCAGUUCACCAUCGUCGGAUACGAAACCAACGACCGCAAGGAGAAGCUGGCCACGGGCAUCUACCAGCGGCUGUCGCUCUCCUUCCUGCUGCAGCGCAACAUCGGCUACUUCGUCUUCCAGACCUACCUGCCGUCCAUCCUGAUCGUGAUGCUCUCCUGGGUGUCGUUCUGGAUCAACCACGAGGCGACCAGCGCCCGCGUUGCCCUCGGCAUUACCACCGUGCUGACGAUGACCACCAUCAGCACGGGCGUGCGCUCCUCGCUGCCGCGCAUCUCCUACGUCAAGGCCAUCGACAUCUACCUGGUCAUGUGCUUCGUGUUCGUGUUCGCCGCCCUGCUCGAGUACGCCGCCGUGAACUACACCUACUGGGGCGCGCGGGCCAAGAAGAAGGACAAGCGUCUGCGCGAGAACGGUGCCGCCGCCGCCGCCGGGGCCGGCAGCCAGACCGUGAAGGUGGACGGCUUCACCAGCGAAGAAAUUAUCGAGCUGCAGGACAUUCGCGUCUCGCCGAUCCCGUCGAUCCGGAACCGGCGCACGGGCCGAUACGGGGCCGUCGACAGCGGCGGCGCCCUGUCGUUUCCGCCCAGUUUCCGCAUGUCUCGCGGCUACUCGACGGGGGGCCGGGGCCGCGCACCAGCGCCCCGCCGCCGGGUGAUGAGCACCCUGCGGCGCGGCGCCUCCGUCUUCUCGCGCUCCAUCCCGCGCAUCAAGGACGUCAACAUCAUCGACAAGUACUCGCGCGUCGUCUUUCCCGUGUCGUUUGUGCUCUUCAACACGGUUUACUGGUGCUUCUACGUACUAUAGUGGCCGCUAGCGUGGCGGCGUGCCCGGGACUGGCCGGCCGGCUGGCGCCCGUGUGUGAUAUGGGGAGAGCACCGCCGUGGCUCUAGCGAGCGCGGCCAUCCGGAGAGGCGGGGAGUCGCCGGCCGACCAGGCUGACCGUGCCCGAGCGGCCCUCGCCGGCCUCUGGCAGCCUACUGUCAGAGAGGCCGGCCACACACCCUCCCUAGUGCUCCAGUGUUGUGGCCACCCCACCAGAGCUUUCGUGCCACUUGGGCACCGGUGGAUGAUGCGAUCCGAGGGGUCAAAAGUUACCGGAGCGUAGCACGUACCGUUGGUUCAGCGCCUUUGAGCGCUAUUUGGUACCGCUUUUGGAGCGAUCUCGCCGACCUGUGUAACAAAGUUUUGAGAGACGUCCGCAGUUAGCGUUAUCACGUGGCUGGGGCUGCGCUAGUGGACGGAGCCGGCAGACUGGCCAUCUGCUCUUCCGCCGCCGCCGGCUGACGGCUGUGCAGCGAGCGGUCGGCCCGGGCGGCGGCGGCGGACCGGAGCGGCGCCGGCCUCCACUGGGCAGGUGGCGCUAGCGGCGCCGGCCUCCACUGGACAGGUGGCGCUAGCGGCGCCGGCCUCCACUGGGCAGGUGGCGCUAGCGGCGCCGGCCUCCACUAGACAGGUGGCGCUGCCCAGCUGUCACGCAGCUCUCAGUUUCGGCGCAGGGACGGAGAGUGCGUUACAAAUCAGCUGCAUACAAGUCAGCUGAAGUGGUCGCUGAUUGGGUGAGUGACUGAGUAGCUGAGUGAGUGAGUGACGCGGAGCUGUUUCCGCCUGGGUUCGUCACCCACUGAGAGGCUGCGGCGCGGCCCAUGCUCUAUGGAAAUGGUGUAUGGUGUUGUGCUGGCCGGCGCCGUGGAGACCCGGCAGUGAGUUUGUGUCGGCCAAGGUGGAUGAGGGGGCGGGCAGCGGGGCGCCGAGCGGCUGCCCACCAGCUGAACACUGGCGCCAGUAGUCCUGCUCUUCUGUAGACCGCUUGUGUAGGAUAACGCUCGUAGAGGCCAUUCUUUGAAUCAUCAUGCAGGUAUUUUGUUAUCGGAGCAUGAUUUAUUGACUAGCUGCUUACGCCCGGAUUUUUAACCCUCGCCGGCACAGGCCAUUUUGCGUCCUUCGACGGCACAAGGGCCCCCCUCGCGUUUGGCCCCUGAUCGAGCUAGAGCUUCGCGGAA